AUGACGGUCUUGUUCCCAGGAUCAGCUACCGGCAUACUUCCGGCCGAGAUCCACGCAAGCGCAAAGUUCAAGAAGUUAGACAUCACCUUCGACAAAGACGUGCCUCCAACCUCCAGCGACAACAAUCGAAGCAACACAUCUCGCACGUUCAAGUUGUCGAUCGACCUUAGUCAGAUCCGCGGCGUACGCAGGCUCACCACCACUGAUCAGCAGAUUGCGGUGGUGGUUGACAUUCAGAUGCCGCCGAUAGUGUAUCGCAAAGCCUGGCAAGUGCGAGACACGCACAAUGCAAAGGUGCCAUCCUGGAAUGAGUCUCAGAGCUGGUUGCGUCAGACAAGCAUCGACAACGAUUCGCGCGCAGGCGAAGCUCCAACACAGCUACGAAGGCGAAGCGUCAUAGUCGACGUCGCUCGGUGGCUGACUUACAGACUCGAGUUCAGCAAAGAACAUACUGAAUCAAGUAGUUUUCGCAAUCUCAUUGAUUUGCUGGUCUCGACCAACGUGGCCAUUACCGAUGAUCAAGGCUUGCGAUUCAGCUUCGCAACCGCAGAAGGAUUGUGGAAGUGGGCACCGGACUCGCCUGAACUACAAGUCACCAUGCACAACAUUGUAGAGAUUCUCACGUUCGAUGUACGCUAUCAGUUCGAGGCAUGCCUAAGCCAGGGUAUUUUCCAUGAGUGCAACAUCCGAACCGAGUUUCUCAAGAAGCUGGCAGACCUUGAACCUGCCAGAGCCACCAAGCUGCUGGAGAAAGCUUUAGAUGGACGGAGACGCUUUUUUGAACCAAUAGAUGUCUUUCGCCUGCUUAAUGAGGUCAGCACUAUUGAGAAGAAACGCCCGUCGUACUGUGCCAAGAUCCGGGCUGCGGUAAUCACUCCAACAAGCCUGAUCAUCUCAACGCCGGUGGUAGAAACCACCAACCGCAUCAUCAGGAAGUAUGAACAUAUCGUCGACCACUUCCUCAGAGUUAAAUUCACGGACGAGAGGUACAAAGGCAAAGUUAUGAACAAUUCGGACAAUAAUCAAGACGAGAUCUUCACCCGUGUCAAGCGCACACUGCAGAACGGCAUACAGAUUGCCGGUAGGCACUACGAUUUUCUCGCUUUCGGUAACUCGCAGUUUCGGGAGAAUGGCGCCUACUUCUUCGCAUCGACCCCUGACCUAUCCGCGGCUGAUAUACGAGUAGCGAUGGGUACUUUUACGCACAUUACCACAGUAGCCAAGUACGCUUCAAGGCUUGGCCAGUGCUUCUCGACCACCAGAGGCCUGUCAUACAGGGUUCGGGUCGAUGCGCUCGCGGACAUUACGCGCAAUGGCUACACAUUCACAGAUGGUGUUGGCAAGGUCUCACCAUUCAUAGCACAGAUGGUCGCGCAAACUUUCGGCUUCCCAAAUGCCUUUGUUGACUAUCCGUCCGUUAUUCAGUUCCGGCUUGGUGGCUACAAAGGCGUGCUUGCGGUCGACCCAACGCUCACCGGCAAGGACAACAUGGUGAUCCAGACACGGCCGAGCCAGAUGAAGUUCCCCGCGGUGUAUCACGGCUUAGAGAUAUGCCGUUUGUCACAGUUUACAGCAGCGUAUCUGAACCAGCAGAUUAUUUUGGUACUCAGCGCGCGAGGUGUCGAGGACAAGGUGUUCGUGGUCAAGGUGCAGCAAGCGCUCAAAGAUUUGCAGGAUGCCAUGAUCGACGAGGACAAGGCGAAGGACCAACUCUGCAAGAAGAUUGACUACAAUCACACCACCCUUGUGCUUGCGCAGAUGAUUGACGAUGGCUUUAUGGCGGUUCGAGAUCCGUUCAUGAUGUCCUGCAUGAGACUGUGGCGCUCGUGGAUGGUGAAGUACCUCAAGGAGAAGGCUCGAAUCUUCGUUGACGAGGGCGCCUUCGUUCUUGGCUGCACUGAUGAGACGACUACGUUGAGGGGUGAUUUUAAUGCGGACAAUCAUACGGUUGACCUCACGGACGCUACGCCGCUGCCUGAGAUCUUUCUUCAGAUACCCGACGUUGCGAAGAAAGGAAGCUAUGUGGCAGUAAAGGGUGUUUGCUUGCUGGCGCGGAACCCUUCGCUGCAUCCGGGUGAUAUAAGAGUCGUGCGCGCCAUCGACGUGCCCGCCCUGCACCAUCUCAAAAACUGUGUCGUGCUUCCGCAGACUGGAGAUCGUGAUCUGGCCAAUAUGUGCUCCGGCGGCGACCUUGACGGAGACGACUUCCUUGUGAUCUGGGACAAGCAGCUGAUUCCACCGGAGUGGUACCAUUCCCCAAUGGACUACCAGGCACCAGAGCCUGUGAAAGCUGAGCUACCGAUCACUGUAGAUGCUAUCACCUCUUUCUUUGUGACGUACAUGAAGCACAACAACGUCGGUAUCAUAGCUUGCGCGCACAGAUACACCGCAGACGACGGGUUCAGUGAGGGUGUCAAGGACUUCAAGUGUCUGCAGCUUGCGCAGCUCCACUCCAUGGCCGUGGAUUAUAUGAAGACCGGAGUCCCAGCAGUGAUGCCAAAUGAACUGCGAGUCAGAAAGUAUCCUCAUUGGGCUGAGCGCCCUGGAAAGUCAUCUUACCACUCCAGGAGAGUGCUCGGCCAGCUCUACGACGCGGUGCAGCGUAUCGACUUGCAGCCGGCCUGGGACUUGCCUUUCGACGAGCGCAUCCUCAGCGCGUACCAGCUCGACGCUGUUCUGCUUCAGGCUGCAUCAGAGGUUAAGGUACGCUACGACGAAGCUGUCCAACGCAUUAUGGCUCAGUACGGUGUUGAGAAUGAGUUUGAGAUCUGGACGACCUUCGUCCGUUCUCACAAUCAAGACGAGAAUGAUUACAAGUUCACGGAGAAACUUGGCGAGACCGUGACGACGCUCAAGCAGUACUACCAAGAGACGUGCUACGAGAAGGCUGGAACAAGCGCACAGGAGCGUGAUUGGACAAAGAUCGCUCCCUUCAUUGCAGCCAUGUACACUAUUACCGCCAAGGAGGUGUCAUCAGCCUUUGAGGAGUCGCAAAAGACGGUGCUGAGGGCUGGCCAAUACGUGCCACGGUCUUCCUCGACCGUCGCGAAUAUGCCUUUCAUGUCCUUUCCGUGGAUCUUUGCGCACGAGCUUGGCUUCAUUGCG